AUGACAAAGCAUCCACCUAACAGACGAGGAAUCAGCUUUGAAGUGGGAGCCCAGUUGGAAGCCCGGGACCGAUUAAAAAACUGGUAUCCAGCUCACAUAGAAGAUAUUGAUUACGAAGAAGGAAAAGUACUCAUCCAUUUCAAGCGUUGGAACCAUCGUUAUGAUGAGUGGUUCUGCUGGGACAGUCCUUAUUUACGUCCUUUAGAGAAAAUACAGCUGAGGAAAGAGGGCUUGCAUGAAGAGGAGGGAUCAUCUGAAUUUCAAAUAAAUGAGCAAGUCCUUGCUUGCUGGUCUGAUUGUCGUUUUUACCCAGCCAAAGUCACUGCUGUUAACAAGGAUGGUACUUACACUGUGAAAUUUUAUGAUGGAGUAGUUCAGACUGUCAAACAUAUUCAUGUCAAAGCUUUUUCCAAAGAUCAGAAUAUUGUGGGUAAUACUAGGCCUAAAGAAACAGAACACAAAAGUCUUCUAUCAUCUGAUAAACGGGAAAAGUUUAAAGAACAGAGAAAACCCACAGCCAUUGUGAAGAAAGACAAAGAGGACAAAGCCUUCAAGACAGAAAAGCGAGCCAAGCAGUCUGAUAAAGAAGGAAAGUUAAUCUGUGCUGAAAAGGGGAAAACGUCAGAGAAGAGCCUUCCCAAGAACGAGAAGGAAGAUAAGGAGAACAUUUCAGAAAAUGACAGAGAGUAUUCUGGAGAUGCUCAAGUGGAUAAGAAACCUGAAAAUGACAUUGUGAAGAGUCCACAGGAAAACUUGAGGGAGCCAAAAAGAAAGCGAGGCCGACCCCCUUCCAUUGCUCCUACUGCUGUGGAUUCAAACUCUCAAACUUUGCAACCAAUAACAUUGGAAUUGAGAAGACGGAAAAUAUCAAAAGGAAGUGAAGUCCCGUUAAAACGUCCUCGGCUUGACAAAAAUUCAUCCCAGGAAAAGUCAAAAAACUACUCGGAAAACACUGACAAAGACUUAUCAAGGAGACGGUCUUCCAGGCUGUCCACUAAUGGGACCCACGAAAUUCUAGAUCCUGACUUGGUUGUAUCAGAUUUGGUUGAUACGGUUAAUACUGAUCCUUUGCAAAACACUUCACCCAAUACCAAGGAAUCAGAAGAAGGUCAGUUGAAAUCUCCUUUAGAAGCUGGCCAGGUCUCAUCCACACUAACUUGCCACUCCAUUGGGGAUGGAUUGGGGCCUGCAGGCUUGGAGUUGAACUGCAAGUCAAUGGGAGAAAACACUAUGAAAACAGAACCGGCUUCUCCCCUUGCUGAAUUACAAGAGAUUUCUACUGUGGCAGUAACAAAUACUUUUAAGAGAACAAAUGAUUUUGUGACAUCUAAAGCACCAGCCAGCGACCUAAAUCACAAGUUUAGGUGCACGGUUGUGGAUUGUUUAAAAUUUUUCCGCAAAGCCAAACUGUUGCAUUAUCACAUGAAGUAUUUCCACGGAAUAGAAAAGCCGCCAGAGCCAGAGGAGAACCCAGGAAAGAGGCACGUCCAGACCAGGGGCUCUUCAGCUUCAGACAAGGCCAGCCAGGAGAGCCUGACCAGGAAGCGGGUCUCAGCCAGUUCCCCAACUGCAAAAGACAAGGAGAAGAAUAAAGAGAAGAAAUUCAAAGAGUUUGUGAGGGUGAAACCAAAGAGGAAAAAGAAAAAGAAAAAGAAAACCAAACCUGAAUGCCCUUGCAGUGAGGAGGUCAGUGACACUUCCCAGGAACCUUCUCCACCUAAGGCAUUUGCUGUUACCAAGUGUGGUUCCUCACACAAGCCUGGUGUCCAUAUGAGCCCACAGAUCCAAGGCUCAGAGUCUGGAAACCACAAAGGGAAAGUGAAAGUGUCUGAAGAGGAUAAUCUGAGUGAGUCCUCUUCUGAGAGCUUUCUUUGGAGCGAUGAGGAGUAUGGCCAAGACGUCGAUGUGACCACUAACCCAGACGAGGAACUUGACGGGGAUGACCGUUAUGACUUUGAAGUGGUCCGCUGCAUCUGUGAGGUUCAGGAGGAAAAUGACUUCAUGAUUCAGUGUGAAGAGUGCCAGUGCUGGCAGCAUGGGGUCUGCAUGGGAUUACUGGAAGAAAAUGUGCCUGAGAAAUACACCUGUUAUGUUUGCCGAGACCCUCCAGGUCAGAGGCCUGGCUUCAAGUACUGGUAUGACAAGGAGUGGUUGAGCAGGGGACACAUGCAUGGCCUGGCAUUUUUAGAAGAGAACUAUUCCCACCAGAACGCCAAGAAGAUCGUGGCCACCCACCAGCUUCUCGGCGACGUGCAGAGAGUGAUCGAGGUUCUGCACGGCCUGCAGCUCAAGAUGAGCAUCUUGCAAAGCCGGGGGCAUCCUGACCUGCAGCUGUGGUGCCAGCCUUGGAAGCAGCAUAUGGCAGAGGGGCGGUCUUAUUCCAAACACAUCCGUGUCACUGAAGCCAAGAGCAAGGAGGAAGCCCCAAGCUAUAGAACUUUGAACGGGGCAGUGGAGAAACCCCUGCCCCUGCCCCCCUCGGUGGAGGAGUCCUAUAUCACCAGCGAGCACUGCUACCAGAAGCCCCGCACCUACUACCCGGCUGUGGAACAGAAGCUAGUGGUGGAGACCCGGCGCUCUGCCCUCGACGACGCUGUCAGCCCCCGCCACGAGAACGGUGAUGAUUCCCUGUCUCCGCGCCUGGGCUGGCCUCUAGACCAAGACAGGAACAGAGGGGACAGUGACCCCAAACCCAGUUCCCCAAAGGUGAGGGACUGUGUCUCCAAAAAGGUCCUGCCUGAGGCAGCCCCCGCCCGGAAGCUGCUGGACAGAGGGGGAGAGGGGGUGCUGAGCUCCCAGCACCAGUGGCAGUUUAACCUGCUGACGCACGUGGAAUCCCUUCAGGACGAAGUCACGCACAGGAUGGACUCCAUCGAGAAGGAGCUGGAUGUGUUGGAGAGCUGGCUGGACUACACUGGGGAACUGGAGCCCCCAGAGCCUCUGGCCAGGCUUCCGCAGCUCAAGCAUUGCAUCAAGCAGCUGCUGACGGACCUGGGCAAGGUGCAGCAGAUCGCGCUCUGCUGCUCAACAUGA